UCUAAGGGUGAAAACAGUGAGCAGAUCCAGUGUGUCAAGUUGGAGACUUAAAAAACUGUAGGUUUCAAGGUGACACCUCUCAGGCAGAGCCUAUGGAUACCACAGGAAAUAUGACCGCAUUGCCUGACGGCAACUUGACAUGCCUUUUGACCAUUGACGACUUCCGAAAUAAAGUGUACUCCACAUUGUACUCUAUGAUUGCGAUUCUGGGCUUUGUUGGAAACGGCUUUGUACUGUGUGUCCUCAUAAAAACGUACCAGCAGAAGACAGCCUUCCAGAUCUACAUGCUGAAUCUUGCAGUGUCAGACCUCCUCUGUGUAUGCACCCUGCCUCUUCGAGUAGUGUAUUACGUUCACAGAGGCAACUGGUUCUUUGGUGACUUCUUAUGCAGAGUUAGUUCCUAUGCAUUCUACGUCAACCUGUACUGUAGCAUUUUAUUCAUGACAGCCAUGAGCUUCUCUCGCUGCAUAGCCAUAGUUUUCCCCGUCCAGAAUCUCAAUUUGGUAACUGAGAAAAAGUCCAAACUGGCAUGUCUGAGCAUUUGGAUUUUUGUCACACUGACAAGUUCUCCAUUUUUACUGAGUGGGUCUUACCAAGAAGGUAACAAGACAAAGUGCUUUGAACCUCCAAAAAGCAGUCAGAUGACCAGCCUGCUGGUACUACAUUAUAUUGCGCUGUUUGUAGGCUUUAUUAUCCCAUUUAGUGUCAUAACUAUCUGUUAUGCCAUGAUCAUAAAGACCUUACUGAAGAAUUCUCUGAAGAAGAAUCAGUCUACUCGUAAGAAGGCCAUCUGGAUGAUAAUCAUUGUAACAGCUGCCUUCCUGGUCAGCUUCACACCUUACCAUAUUCAGCGCACAAUCCACCUUCACUUCCUGAAGAGGAACGACUCCAGCUGUGAAGACAUCCUUUUCAUGCAGAAAUUAGUAGUGAUAACCCUAUCCUUGGCAGCUUCAAACUGCUGCUUUGACCCACUCCUGUAUUUCUUUUCAGGGGGCAACUUUCGGAGGAGACUUUCCACAUUUAGAAAGGCUUCCUCCUCCAGUGUGAUACAGGGACCCAGGAAAAAGUUAUCAUUAAAGGAGAAAGACGACGAGCCAUUUCAAGAAAGCCAUAAAUAA